GACGUUUGUGAAUGGCAACCACCCCUGAGUUGUCAUUUAUGAACUUUUUUAUGUGUUUAUAAACAAUUAAAAAGGAAAAAUGAGUCUCAAACCAGAAAAAGAUAAAGUAAAGCAAUUACAAGAUAAAUGCCAAUCAGUUCUCAACUCUCUGUUAAGGGAUGAAGAUAAUAAAUAUUGUGUAGAUUGCGACUCUAAAGGACCAAGAUGGGCGUCGUGGAAUAUAGGUGUAUUUUUAUGCAUACGAUGUGCAGGUAUUCACAGAAACUUAGGAGUACACAUUUCGAAAGUAAAAUCAGUUAAUUUAGACUCAUGGACUCCCGAGCAAGUAGUAUCAUUACAGCAGAUGGGUAAUUCAAGGGCCAGAGCAGUAUAUGAAGCCAAUCUCCCAGACAACUUCAGGCGUCCCCAAAAUGAUUCGAGUUUAGAAUCUUUUAUAAGAGCAAAAUAUGAACAUAAAAAGUACAUUGCGCGCGAAUGGGUACCUCCUCCAUUACCUAAAGUUAAUUGGGAGAAAGAAAUAGAAGAGGAACUCGAAAAAAACAAGCGUAAAAAGAAAACUAUAGUUGAAAAGAAAUCGUUAGGGGCCGUAGAAGUGCCUCAAUUGCCUAAACCUACUAAUCCUAGCCCUAAACCAUCCAGAGCUGUGAAUAGUGUAGAGAGUACUAACAAACCGGAGAAAAAAGAUAGUGAUCUAUUAGGUUUACAAAACCCCGAAGAUAAUUUCAGUAGUUUCGUAUCCGCCCCUACAACGACGGUAAAGCCGGAAACACAAGAAGCUCUCGAUCCAGUUAAAACAGAAGAAGAGAGCUUUUUUAAUCAAGUAUUACCAACCGAAAAAGAAAAAGUAAAAUUAGACAAGGAUAGUAUUAUGGCAUUGUACGGCAAUGGACCAAGCGCCAAUAAUUUUAGCCAAUUCCCACAGACUGGAGGACAACAAGGAGCAUUCCAAGGAUUCGGAACUUCAUCAAAUUUUCAAACAUCCGGCUUUCCUAUGCAAAAUGGAAGUAUGAGUCAAGCAUCUGCGCAUGGUCAAUGGCCUCAACAAGCCCAACAACCGCAGCAACAGAAUUGGUUUAAACAGCAGUAUCCACAAGGUCCACCCCCAAAUCAAGUUCAGCAUUUUACUCCCAAUUCAAACCAACCUCAAGGAAGCCAAUUCUUAAACAACUCAUUUGGAGGAUUCCCACAACAGAACUUCACGCCUUCAUUUAACCCUUCACAACAGUUUCAAACGUCCAACCCGAUGGGCCAACAAAAUACCCCAAAUCCAUUUUUUAAUAAUCAAAACUUACCUCAACAGUUCAGCAAUUUGAGUGUGAGGUCAUCUCCACAUUCGCAACCCCCAAUGGGAAAUUUAUGGACUAACUGAGGAAGCAACCAAAAGUGUCUAGGUGUAGUUAAAUUUUAUUUACUCCCGGUUGCGUGGGGUGAAUAGAUCAUUUAAAGUAUGGUGAUGUUAACGGUAGUUUAGUCGGAAUAAGUACCCAACUCUAAAUUUAGCAAAAAAAUAUUUUUAUAAGCGUUCAGUAAGAUUAUUACAAGACAAGGAGCUGACGUUUAUAUUUGGCUGGGGUGGCUAGUUUUCGGGCUACAGGGUGCUAAAAUUAGUCUAAAAGGAACAAAGUAAUACCGAUGUCAAAAUUAUUGUAAAUUUGAUUUUAAAACCCUGAAUAUAAGCUCAAAAAUUUAGCUUUGAACUGAUGCUAUCCAUUCCCCCUCCUAUUCCAAAUGUUGUAAAUACUGUUUUUUAUGAAUGUCACUAAAAGUAUACAGGAAAACUAAAAUAUUUAUUAAUAUCAAAACUAGAACCACUUCCAUUUGGAAUUAUGUUCAUUAUUUUCAAAGGUUGGUAGUAAUAUAAAAAUACUAUAUCAUGGAUUGUUUGUUACUAGCUAUGGUCCACAAGCACAAAUCAUAGAUUGGUGGGAAACUGACAUGUAGUACAAAUGAUUGAAAUUUAAUUUUCUCGUGAACCACUACAACCACAGAAAACUUACAAGUUUGUGACGGCAUUUGAUGUAUUUAUUGCUUACAACUGCAGUUGUUAUUUGUGUUACUAUUUCUGAAGGUUGUGUAACACAAUUUGUUGCAUAAAGAACACAUGUUCUAUUACUUGCAUAAGGUUUUCUGCGGUGAAUAGUUCUAGUGAAUCAUUUAGUAGCGUCCUUUUAACCAACUCUUUAAUUUUUUCCCUACUGGGUUUAGGAGUGGUUAAAGUAGUCGAUUGAAAUGUUUUUAAAUCUUUAUUAGACUAGAAAUCAAAAUGAAAACAAAUGUGUGUAGGUCAAUUUGUUUCCUCAAAAGCAUAUGUGCUCAUAUUUGCCUGCUAUGAUCUUCAGUGAGUAGUUCAAAUGAAUGAUUCAGUAGAUAUUCAGUAACCAGAAGUUAUUUAAUUCAGAAGUUCAGAAGUGGGUUAGGUGAUUGGCACACUUUUUAAUUUUCUACCACCUUCUAAUACUCAAAACAAGAAUUAGUAAAUUAAUUUGUUGUGUAAAGAAUGCAUGUGCUCCUACUUGCAUAACGUUUUUUGCAGUGCAUAGUUCUGCAUGAUAAAGUAGUUUUUUUAGACUACAUUUUGAAUUUUUUAUUUUUUGAGUUCGGAGUGGGUGGAAAGUAACCUUUCUAAUCUUGUACGAUCUUUUAAUACUCAAAACAUGGCUGAGUAAGUCAAUUUGUUGCCGAAAGAGAAUGUGCCCUUAUUUGCAUAACUUUUUCUGUGGUGAGUGGUUCUUAUUAAUUAUUCAGUAGGUCUUAUGGAUAACUCGUAAGUUUUUUCAUCUUUUGGGUUCAACAAUGGAUGUAUUAGUUAAUUGGCAUGAUUCCUGGUCUAUGAUGUUUCAUAUUUUAAUUUGUGAUAAUGUCUUUAUGAGUAAAAAACAUGGAAUAGUAUCAGAUUAGAUAUCAGAGGGCACUCGCGUAGUGUUGAUUAGAUUUUAUUGAACAACCUCUGAGCCAUAACCAAAAUUGGCACAAUUGCGGUAGUGUAAUGGCAAUUUAAAAUUAACUAAAUACUAAAAUAUUUUGUUUAACAUUAAUUCUUAAAAUUUACUUUCUACCCAUAAUGUC